GAUCUCGUUGUCUACAAAAGAGCUCACUCAGCCACAACUGCUCAGUACGUCUGCAUCUGUCUGUCCGGGAUGUCUACCAGUGAAGAAGUCAUUAGCAUUGAGCUCCUACAGAGGGAGGGACUUGGACUGGGCAUCGAUGCAACCAACCCAAACACAGCAUUGCUUCAACAGGUGCAGUUUGAUGGAAGCGCUGUGGAAGUGUCUGCAUUGGGGAGUGGUGCGAAUAAUUUUGAGACUACAAUCUGGUCGAUUCAUCAACUGCAGAAAGAGCUGAAAAUGACUGUCGAUGGGCGAGUCAACGAAGUAGUGUCAAUCCACUUUGGCAUGAAAAGUCUUCGCCAGAAUACGUCACAAGUGAUGAUGGAAGCUCGAGGAUAUGAAAUACACACGAGGAAUGUAAGACUUGAUGUUGGUCGACUGGGUGAGAAGCAGACUCGCUUGGAAGAGCUUUUACAAAAUGAGGAAAAGAAGGUGAGAGCAAUUACAGGGAGAGAUCUGAGUGACCGUGAUCGUCUGAUGAUUGCUCGAGAUGUCGUGGCAAGAAAGAAUAGAGGUGUUACUCACUACAUCUCAUCUGUCAAGCUGGGAGCAAAGGUUUAUGAAACAAAGAGCUCUCAAAUGUGGGCAGAAAAUGAAGAGCUGGAUUUAGAUGCUGAUCUCUCUGUAACUGCACCAGAAGCCAGUGCAAGCCUGGAGCUGACUUGCAAGCAGAAGUUUGCUGCAUUGGCAAUGAGUGGAAGUCAAUCAUUGACGGUCAUUAUUCAUCAAGAUCUGCUGCGAAAAGUUGAAUUGAACGAACCCUUUACGGUGGAGCCGAUGCACGAGAAAACAAUUGCCUACGAAAUUAGUCCUAUUUGGGAACUUGUUCGAGAUGUCAAGUGGCAAGAAGAUGUCAAGAUUGCAUGCCGAGAUUACUUGCAAGGCAGAGGACCAUUUUUCAUCAAGAACAACAAGUAUUACCUCAAGGUUCCAGCCGAUGGAAGGAUUCGAAGGAUUGAAGGAACUCAAAACGUCAGAGAGGCAACUCAAUUUUGCAUUGAACUGCCAGAAACGUUUACUCCUGCCGCCGUGUUUGGGUUGCCCGAUGAAUUCGAAUGCGAGUUUCGUAUUCGUGAGGAUGGAGGUCGAUAUAUCACAGCAGACACAAAGACUGAACUCGUAUAUGCAGGCACAAACCCAACUUAUGAUGGACAAGUGUCAUUUCUUCUGGCAUGUCCUGGCACAAGAGAUCUGGUUCCUUUGUCACAGUGGAAAAACAGCUCAUUCUUGUUGAUGCGCGAGACGUGGCUCCUGAAGCGUGAUCGAUAUCUCGUGCUGGAGGAAGAAAAUCCAGAAUCAAAGACCAUGGUACUGAAAGAAAAAAGCAGACGGGAAUUGAGGAAGGAUGGAACUGCUCUUUCCCAGUUUGCUAUUGAAGUGCCAAAACUGAUAGCAUAACUAGAAAGUAUAACAGCAUUUAUAGUUGCUGUUUAUGAACCAUGAAGUUGUUUGCUGGUAGUCUAGCUAACUCAAACUGUUUAUGUUGUAGCUACUGCUUAGAGCUACAUACAUGUAGUGCAUUGCGUAUUGUCUACAAUGGCAAGUGUUUUUAGCCAAGUGUUUAGUGAAUCAUUGAAGCAAUUGCUAAAUGUUUGACAUUGAUGGGUUUUUUUUGAAUUCA